AUGUCUCUCAUAUUUCGCCGGGGAAUUGCUUCAAUGGCCUCUUUAAAGAAAGCGUCGAAGGUUGUGUGCAUUGGCAGGAACUAUGCCGACCAUGUCACAGAAUUGAACAAUGUGCGGCCAAAGCAGCCCUUUUUCUUUCUCAAGCCGGCGUCUUCAAUCCUCGCUCCUGGCGACGGGCCGGUGAUAAGGCCCAAGGGUGUUGACUUGCAUUAUGAAAUUGAGCUAGCCUUAAUUCUUGGAAAGCAAGUCAAGAACCUCGACGCUUCGGAUGAAAAGGGUGCUCUGGAUGCAAUUGAGAGCUACGCUCUCAGUAUUGACAUGACUGCACGGAAUGCCCAGAACGAAGCGAAGAAGAAGGGUCUUCCCUGGGACAUUGCAAAGGGCUUCGAUACCUUCCUUCCAAUUAGCGAAAUCAUUCCGAAAUCCUCGAUUCCAGAUCCUCAUAACGUCGAUAUAUACCUCAAGGUGAACGGUGAAACGAAGCAGUCGGAUUCUACCAACUUGAUGCUGUUCCAAAUCCCGAGAAUACUGAGCGAUAUUUCCAAGGUCAUGACACUGGAAAAGGGUGAUAUCGUGAUUACUGGCACACCAAAGGGUGUUGGGCCAGUCGUGCCAGGAGAUGUCAUGACGGCCGGUUUGAAGGUCAACGGAAAGGAGCUGCCAGAGUCCAAGAUUGAGGUGGCUGUCGAGGAGUCGACAAGUACAUACGAGUUCGCAGAAACGUAA